AUGGGAUAAAAUAUUUGUGUUUCAACUAAAACGGGAGAUGUUUAUAAAUUUCACCACUCCUGCUUCGCUGAAGGUUCUUCUAGAAAAGCUUAUCGCUGCGAAGUUGUGAAAGGCCCAAAUUUAGGCAAGAAAGGAGUGGUAAAGAGAUAUAAAAAUCAUAUUGAGAAUAAGAAAUUAGAUAAUUUUAAGAAUGAGCAGUUAAUUUGGCAAUAAGCAACUGUAUAUGCCCGUCUUUUUAAUAAAGAAAUUAACAUAAUUAUGGAAAAUGUCAAAGCCAAAAAUUGUACUCCUGAAUUUGAAUUAUUUAUAAAUUAACACUACAGACGUAUCGUAAUGCCAUAACCUUAGAUAAUCUAGAUUGAAAAAAAAUCUUUAUUAGCUUCUUUACUUGGAAAGCAUUACAAAGAGGGUGAUUUAAUAUCUCUUGAAUCGUACUUAGAAGGAGAAUAUCGUAAAUUUAACUCCAAUUCAGGAUGGUCAGAUGAGUCUUAUCCUUUGAUGUAAGCAUUUUCUCAUUUCACUUUCUACAAUAGUGGAGGAUAAGAAAUCUUAUGUGAUUUACAAGGGAUUGACGAAAUUGAUAGCAAAACAAUUUAACUUACAGAUCCAGCUAUUCUUUCAAUUAGAUCACGUUUUGGGGACAGCGAUAUAGGAUAUAAAAAACUCCAAUAUUGGAUAAAAAAUCAUAAAUGCAAUCAUAUAUGCCAUGCUUUGAAGCUAGACGAUUUUAAAUUAGAAGAAAGUUUAAUUUAUUCAAAAUCAUGCAAUAAUGUUCAAUAGGAGACUUGGCUUACAAAUCUCUAUCCUAGCAAAACUAAAUGCUGA